AUGGGACUUUUCAACGACAUUGACAUUGAGCGAGACUUCCCAGACCAUGAGGUCAAGUCUAUGGUGAAGCGUUCCGAGUGGGCAGUUCAACAACCUCAAGGCUUCGUCCAUGACCAAUGCCCAACCCAAGAACACAACACUAUUGUUCCCUACAGUCCAACUUACUAUGAAAACGAGCAAACUUCAGCCAACACUUCCUACAGCACUCCCAGGCCUCAGAUCUAG